AUGCAUUCUUAUCAUUUACCCCAUAAUCUUAUUUUACGUUUCAUCGCAUUUUGUCAUGGUAUUCGUAACAUUCGAUAUUCUACAAUUCGCUCUUACUUAGCUGCUAUUCGUUUUUAUCGUUUACGUGCUGGCUUUUCUGAUCCAUUUUUAGAUAUGCACGGUUAUAAAAUACCACAAAUUGAAAUGGUUCUUAAAGGCGCACGACGUUUAGAUUCCUUAACCAUCAAACAAUGUAAACCUAUUACCAUCGAUAUUCUAAACAAAUUAAUUGGUGUAUUACGAUGCGGUAUAUUUACCCUAGUGAAAGUACUCAUCAAGCGAGUACGACUUUCCAGCGUGAGUACUCAUAUUACUCGUGCGAGUACUCGAAAAAUUUAA